AUGUCUCAUAUCCUCCCUGCUUCAUCGUUCUUGCAAUCCGGCCUUCGUGGCGUCAAGCGUAAGAGAGAUGAUUCCGACUCGUUGUCAAGGCCCGUUCGGCGACCUCCAGGUCAAUCCGACCACCCGGAUGGGCGUAUCGUUGGCAAAGACCUCACUAUUCCAGCCUCUCCGGCCUCGCCGAAAAUCCAACUACGACCUAUUCCCAAGACGAUCACAGUGUCCAGCACGACGUCCUUGCUACCGGCGUCCCUCUACCCUAAUGAAUGGCAAAGCCUACCGACCGUUCCUUUGGACGAGGUCUCCGCUAUUGGUCUGAAAAAGACCAUGGAGCGACCAGAUGCCGAAAGGUACAUACGCUAUGCUCGAUCACUAAGUAUUUUCGACGAAACCAAGCGUGAGCGGCCACUCACGGACGAUGAGAAUGAGUUGCGAAGACAAACCGAAUGGAGUCUCCUCGCCCUCUGCGGCGCUAGGAAAGCUGCCGCGCGCAUUGAAGCACGACAAAUCCUCGACUGUCGAUUCCAGUGGGCGAUUGCCGUGCAACGAGAAGGAAAGAGGGUGACCUUCAAACGCGGGCUCGAUCGUAAGCCCGAAUGCAGCUUGAACGCCCUCUUCGACGUCCGGCAGCAUUCGUGCACAGCCUUUCUCUUGGUGGCCCAGACCUUGAGAGUUUACAUGACUAGCUCUGGACGAAAGCGAUUGCUUAAACUUUGCGAGGAUGAGCGCAACCACAACGCCAAAGAAGCUCGGGAUGGAGCGACGUCAAUGACCCACAUCACCUGGAAUGGGGAAAGCAUUCCGUUUCCCUUAGGGGAUCGCAUCGAGGAGACGCACCGCGCCUUCCUUCUCCACGAAAUCCUCAACGUAUCCGAGCAUGCGUCGAAGAAGUUCCUGCGCCUCUACCGUUACUAG